UCUGUCUGUCAAAUUAUUUAGCUAGCCAAUGUUAGCCAGUUAGCUGGGAUGACACCCAAAGGAAUGGAGAGCAGCUGAGCAGUUUCUGCGAAAACUACACAGGGACACGCGUUAACGUCGCUGUUAAAGGGACUUUUACAGCUCUCUAGCAAAUACGCAGCGGAUGGCCCGGACUGCUCUUGGACUUACAUAAAAAGAGGGACACCAUUGUGAGCCUCUGAAUGAGUAAUGAACCUAAACCCCUUCUGGAGCAUGUCUGCCAAUACAAGUCGUAAGCAGAGAUCUGACAACGAGGAACAGAGUGGGCACGGGGAGCAGAGAGCCAGUCCGGCUCGGCUGUCCUUUGGCAAAAAGCAGCUUCCACCCAUUCCUAAGAAUGCAACCCCCAUUACCAAGCCUGCGUCAUUGGGCACCCCACCCCAGUUGACCAAUGGCACACACGCCUCCUAUGGCCCCUUUUACCUGGAGUACUCUCUGCUGGCUGAGUUCACACUAGUGAUUAAACAGAAGCUCCCUGGAAUUUAUGUCCAGCCGUCCUACAAAUCGGCACUAAUGUGGUUUGGGGUCAUAUUCAUCAGACAUGGCUUGUACCAGGAUGGAGUCUUCAAAUUCACAGUGUAUAUUCCAGAUAAUUAUCCAGAUGGGGAGUGUCCAAAAUUAAUAUUUGACAUCCCAGUCUUCCAUCCUCUUGUUGACCCUGUGUCAGGAGAGCUUGAUGUGAGAAGAGCUUUCACUAAAUGGAGACGGAAUCACAACCACAUCUGGCAAGUCCUGAUGUACGCACGUACAAUUUUCUACAAGAUCAAUACAACGGAACCACUCAACCCAGAGGCUGCUGUGCUAUAUGAAAAGGAUGUGCAGUUGUUCAAAAGCAAAGUGGUAGAUAGUGUAAAACUAUGCAACAGUCAUCUUUUUGACCAGCCCAAGAUAGAUGAUCCCUACGCAAUAAGUUUUUCCCCAUGGAACCCAGCUGUUCAUGAGGAAGCAAAAGAGCGGAUGUUCACAUUCAAAAGACGGCCUGAAGAUCACCACAAGGGAACACAGGUGUCGGGACUGUCUUGGGUGAAGCCUGGUUCAACACAGCCCUUCAGCAAGGAUGACAGUCUUCCCCAGAGCUGAACAUGCACUGUCCCUGCAGCAGCCACUAGAGGGAGGCACAUGCAUUAGAUGCCACGCCACUGGCUUGCCUCAGCUGUUUAUGUGAACUGGAUCACUGAAACAGUUGGGAGAACUUUAUAUUAAAUAUCCACAUUAUUGCUCAGCUUUAAAAGCUUUGUAGGCAACUCCUCAGACAGCUUUAGAAUAAGGAAACAAAGUUUGUAUGUAUGUCAUAUGUAAAUCGACGAUGACAAGUGGAUGUCGAGGCAACAUCAUUUAGGCUGUGAUGCAAUCAAAGUGCUUUCUCAUUUAGAUUUUCGGAUCCAUGCACAUGUUGGGCUAGGUAAUGUAACAAUACUGUCCCAAAAGGAGCUGAAAAGUCUGAGCACAGCAAUUUGCAGUCAUACAGUAAGGGUAGUGGACAAUAGAUCUAUUUAGAGAUCCAUACCACUUGUUGAAAUUGGCUCAGGACUGUUUAUUUGUCGGACUUGGAAUGUUGUCAGUCACAGCUAUGUGAAUGAAAGAUAUCAUUAAUCACCACUCCUCCCAUUACAAAAUUCAAUUGACAUGUUUUAUAUGUUUCUUAUUGGACAGUGAUUUUCUUUUUCCACCGUGUCCAUUGUCUUACAUAGUUCUAAAUAUAGAUAUAUGCAGAGCGGGGAAGUAUGGUUUUAAAUAAGAUGCUAAGCUCCUGUAUUUUAUUUUCUGAUUUUAAAAUAAUUUUGAAUGUUUCAUGUACCUUUUCGGUUAUUAAAGGUUUGAUGUGUAAAUAAUGGAUGCUGUGCUAAGUUUUGACUUACAGAGACGUGUCUGAAUCGGCACUUGGAUUUUCUAAGUGAACAUUUUGGUUUUCUUAGCUUUCUUUACAAAUGUUACUUAAGCCCCCUUACAGAUCUUUGCUUUACAAGAUCUUUCCUUCAUAGGUCUGAUUUAAAAUAAAAAAUUUAUUUUGAUAUGGUUGGUUGUUUAGAAACAGCAAAAAUUGUUUUGGCCAACUACAAGAAUAUACCUUUUCUGUUGUGCCAGACACUUAAUAUGUGAUGUCUUCAUCUGUAGAGGGCUCUGGCUUAAUAGAUAGUAGUAUUGCCACUUUGAAUAUGCAAAUUUAAUUUAACUAAGGAUGUGGAAAAUUAUGGAAUUUGUUUAAAUCUGUGGGAAAUGACUAUCAGAAAGCAGAUAUGGUGCUGAAACCUGUUUGAUCUACUGCUGUGAAAGGCAAGGGUGUAACAAACUGCCAUUUGGGCUUUUGGCAUCUGCAAAUGUGUGAGUUAUAAUGCGUUCUGUAUGAACCCAUUCCUGCUCCAGUUUGUGAAAGACGACAUUGCGUAGAUGACAUGAGUUUUAAAUGCUUUUCAAAUCAAUAAAAUUAUCAAAAACCAA